AUGCUGCUCGACGAGGAUCCUGCCACUCUUGUCCACCACACAAUCGGAAACUUCAACAUCCAACCCGAUAAACUCGCCGUCACUCGCAUCAAUGACUCCCUAGCCACGCUACAACAGUCGCGAGACCUGCGCAUCCGCGACGCAGAGACGUCUUUGCGCAAACUAUCUCGAAACUUGAAAUCGCUGGAGACCAACUACGACGAAACGGUUGCCGCGCACGAUCCCGGGCGCCACGCGCACGAGAUCCUCGACCUCGAUGCUCAAAAGUUCCGCACUGCAAAGGCAGCGUCGGACCUGGAAAUCGAGUCGGAGCGGCUGGAAGGCGAGUUGGAGAUGCUGAAGGAGCGAUUAGCAGAGCUCGAGGCGCAGGGACUGGAGGGCGACGAGACUGUGCGCCGCGAGAGAGAGGCUGACGAUGCGACAAUACUACGCCUCAAAGUGUACCGCUCCCUGGGCAUUGAUGUCGAAGCCGACGAAGCCGGAAACUACAACAAGGCCAUUAUUCGCAACAGCCGCAAAGGUGACGUUCAUGUGGUCAACAUCGACCCGAAGUUUUCACGAUUCUUCUACGCCAACUAUUUCUGGCAAACCAUGCAGGGUUGA